ACUCCCAACAAGCGGACCCAACCGAUGGAUUUGUCGGUUGGUCGGUCAGUGUACUCUUCGCGAUGGCUGCAUCAGGUACUAACGGCAUCAUCGAUCUAUUGGAGAAGAUCCUGAAGAUACUAAAAGAAGAGCAUGCGUUCGACCAAUCUGACGAUCAACCUGUCGUACAAUUCCAUUACCCUGCAGAUUUACAGAAAAAGAUGUCAUUCUCUUUGGACGACAACCCGGCGACUAGCAACGAAAUAGAAACUGCGAUACGACAGACUAUACGGUACUCCGUGAAAACGUCCAGCCCGAAUUUUCACAAUCAACUCUUUGCUGGAGUUGACGAGUACGGAUUAAUUGGCGCUUGGUUGACGGAAGUGUUGAACACCGGCCAGUAUACCUACGAAGUCGCGCCCGUAUUUACUCUGAUAGAGCGAGAAGUGAUAGUGAAAUCAUUGGAGCUCGUCGGCUAUCCGUCGAUGCCAGACGCCGACGGUAUAAUGUGCCCAGGUGGUAGCAUAUCGAAUAUGUACGGGAUGAUGUGUGCCAGGCACAAGAAAAUACCGGAUGUAAAAAAGUCAGGGCUGUCUUCGUUGACAUCACCUCUGGUGUGUUUUACCAGCGAACAAGGACACUAUUCAAUCCUGAAAGCUGCCAACUGGUUGGGCUUUGGCAUCGACCAAGUUUAUAAGGUAAAAACGGACGGGUUUGGUCGCAUGAUAGUGGACGACUUGAAGAGACUUAUAACGAAGGCGAGGAGUGACGGAAAUGUACCGUUCUUCGUAAACGCCACUGCCGGAACCACGGUGAUCGGUGCUAUCGAUCCGUUACCGGAAAUCGCUACGAUAUGCCGAAACGAGGGACUAUGGCUGCACGUAGACGCUUGUCUCGGUGGGACCUUGUUGUUCUCGGAAAAGUACCGGUACAGGCUGCGAGGCAUCGAAUUAUCAGACUCGGUGUCCUGGAAUCCGCACAAGAUGCUCGGUGCGCCGUUGCAAUGCUCUUUGUUCCUGGUCAAAGGUAAACACGCGUUGUAUGAAGUGAAUUGCGCCCAGGCCAAGUACCUUUUCCAACAGGACAAAUUUUACGACGUCAGCUGGGACACAGGCGAUAAAAGCGUGCAAUGCGGCAGAAAGGUUGACGCAAUGAAAUUUUGGUUAAUGUGGAAAGCCCGCGGCAAGAUUGGCCUUGCGCAAUCGGUAGAACAAGCGAUGUCCUGCGCGGAAUAUUUUCUGAAGCAAAUUAAAGAGACUGUCGGCUUCCGAUUGGUGCAAUCUCACUAUCAGUGUUGCACUGUCUGCUUUUGGUAUAUACCACCGUCAAUGCGCGAUCAGAAAGAAACUCCAGCUUGGUGGAAGAAAUUGCACGAGAUCACAACGCAGAUAAAGAAACGCAUGACUCUGGACGGAUCUCUCCUGAUUAGUUACAUGCCGUUACCGGAGAAGGAGUUUGUCAAUUUCUUUCGCAUGGUCGUAAACUGCCAACCGCCACCCACGAAAUCGUCUAUGGAUUACGCUAUCAGUCAGAUAGAAAAAUUCGCGGCUGAUUUGUAGAAAAGAGCUCUCAAUUUUCUGCAUGAGCUAAAUGUGUGACCCAAUUAAGAAUUUAAUCGACUGUACUGGCAAUGAUUAUAAUCGUGGCAACAAUUAUAAUCGUCGUGACAAAUCGUCACCGCGUUUCUACCAAGGAUUCUGGUCUAAAAUUGAUGUAAUUUUAGAUGCUUAUAAUAUAAGCAUCUUAAUUAAAUAAUUAAAUUUUAUUGUAAAAAAUAUUACUUCAGCCAGGGUUCGAACCUGGAAUUACAUCAAUUUUAGAUCCUUGGUCGAAACGCGGUGACGAUUUGUCACGACAAUUAUAAUCGUUGCCACGAUUACAAUCAUUGCCAGUAACAGUCGAUUAAAUUCUUAAUUGGGUUAAUUAUUGACUGGCGAAGUAAAUGUUACUUAUUCGGUUUAAACGUAUGACGUUGAGGAUUCGUUUUUAUCGCAAAGAUUGGUAUUUGAAGUACUUACGGAGUCGUAAAAAAAAAGAAUCUUGUCUUUAUUACAAACAAGUACGCGGGAUAAAUGCAUCGGGUACGGUAUUUA